CAAUGAAAUAAGUUUCUAGUAAGUAAAAGAAUGAUAAGGAAAACAUGGUAUUUAUUAAUUAUAUUCUAUUCAGUAAUUAUUAGAAAAUGAAAUUGGAAUCUUGAAUUCAAUUAAUAAUGAAUCUAUACUUAAAAUAUUUGAAGUUUAUAGAAUUGAAGAACAUUAAUACGGUAUAAUUGUUGAAUUUGUUGAUGGAAUAUGUUUGGCUACUCUUAUUGAACAACUUAAAAAACAACAAACUAAACUUAAAGAAUAUGAUAUCAAAGUUAUUUUGUAGGCAAUUCUUAAAGCUUUAGUUGUUAUUCAUUAAGAAUAAGUUAUUCAUAGAGAUAUUAAACCUUAAAAUAUAAUGAUUUCUCAAUCAUCCUUCAGAAAUGUUAAAAUCAUUGAUUUUGGUUUGAGCAUUAAAAAUUAAUUAUAAUAUAACAGAUGUGGAACUCCUGGUUAUAUGGCUCCUGAAAUUGUAAACAUGAAAAAAGAUUAAUAAAAGGCUUGGACAUCUCUUUGUGAUAUCUUUAGUCUAGGUGUUGUAUUUUUUAAAUUGUAUUUAUUAAAUAUUUAUUUAGAUUAUCCAAAGGUAUUAGUUGUUUUCAAGGACAAACUUCUGAUCAAGUUUUAGCAAAUAACAAAAAAUGUUAAAUAGACUGGUCUAUUGUUCAAUAAUAUAAUUAUACUAAAAAUUGCAUCGUAAAUCAAACGAUAAUAAAUUUAAGUCUUUGCUUAAAGCAUUGUUAGCUAAAGAUCCUGAAGAUAGAAUUACAGCUUAUUAAGCACUUUAACAUCCUUUCUUUGCUGAUCUACCUCCAGUUCUAGCAACUGAUUUUGCAGGAAAUUCUAUGACAUUUAAAUCAAAAUGUAUCAUGAAUUAAACUAUAGACAAACAAAAUCUCGAUUCUGUAACUAGUUUAAAUGAUUUUACUGGAGUUUAAAAAUAACAAGUUUAUAUUACAGAUUUAAAACCAUC